CGACAGCUUCCUGCCGCUGAUGCUUCAGUUACGUUGAUAAUGUCAAAUCGUUUGGUUCGCUCUGCUGUCGCCACCGCCCACGAGUACAACCACAACAACACUGCCAACGACGAGGGCCAGCGAGCCAAUAAAUUUUAAUAAAAUCUCCAUCACAACAAAGAGUAAACAACAGCACAAGCAGACAACUCAAAAAAUUCGUAUAACAAAAAUUGCGAAAGAAUCUGCUGUUCGGUGGGACAAGCGAAUGCCGGCUAAAAAAGUGUCAGAAUUUGUGAAAAUUAAUAUUUCACCAGAGAUUUGAGUGUUUCCAAAACAAACAAAAAACCCGAACACUGCAAACAGGACAAACUUUUUCGUUUCGCCAAACUUUUAUUUCGUACACACUUUUUUGGUCCUACGCGAUUUGCUCGCGAAAAUUAUGAAAAAUAUGUGAGAAAUGUGCAAAAUCCGCAAAAUACUAAAGUAAGAGCAAGAGGGCAUAGGUCAAGCCCUAUUCUCCAGUGCGGGAUAUAUAUUCUGGACGGCCCCAAAAUCCCCUGACGUUGUCCUUUCAGUAAACCAACCACCCACCGCCGCCCAUCUAGUGUCAUGUGUAUGUGCGGAAAGAAAAGCAGCCGAGUUGAGUGUGUGUGCGCCUGGGUGUGGGAAGUCGUGUAACGUGCUAAAAUAAGUUAAUUUAUUGCCGGCACAACAACAAUCACAACACACAAAGACAACAACUGCCGGCAGUCAUAACAUUUGUGUUGUUCACCAGUUACCCAAAGUUGAGUUUCUGUCGCUCAGAAAACUAUUUCUACAAAAAAACUCGAAUUAGGCCAAAUUCAAUUGACAUUUAUUGGCCAAUAUAUAUUUAUAAGGACCAAAAGGAAGCAAAGAAAGAUCGAGCAAAGAAAAAUAACAAAACGGAGGACACAGCCCCUACGCAAAAAUAGUAAAAAUAUCUAUUUCAAUGGCGAAGACGACUAUUCCGGGGGCAAGCACCCGUCACAUGCAAAUGGCCAAACGGUGGAGGACGGAAAAGGACGUCGGAUCCCAUGGAUUCCAUGGUUCCCAAAGUGGGCGUAGCUGCAUUUGCUGGAUAUCCGUGGUACUCCUACUCAUUCUGGUGCCUGAUUUUAUUGAAGCACUCAAGGAUGUGUCGGUAAUGAUACCGCAGGCGGUGAAACGUGGCAGCAAUGCGCUAUUCACUUGUAAUUACGAUAUGGAAAACGAUACUCUAUAUUCGGUUAAAUGGUAUAAGGGCAAGCGUGAGUUUUAUCGCUAUACGCCCAAGGAGAAUCCGGCGAUGAAGGUCUUUGCCAUGACAAGUGGUCUCAAUGUCGAGCGCAACCUUUCGAAUCAGAGCCACGUCGUCCUGCAGUCGGUGCCGCUGAAUAUUUCGGGGAAAUUUACAUGCGAAAUAUCGGUGGAGGCGCCCACUUUUCAAACGGCCAUGGUGUCCGGCGAAAUGGAGGUGGUUGAGCUGCCGGAAGAGCACACUGUGGUUACCGGGAUACAGGCACGUUAUCGCAUCGGCGAUUUGGUCGACGGCAAUUGCUCAAUUAAAUACUCGAAACCGGCUGCUAAUUUGACAUGGACUAUUAAUGGUAUUGUGGUGCCACCGCAUCACAUAAAGACCUACCAGACGGAGAAGCGGGAGAACAGCACCCUGGAAUCGGUUACAAGUGCCAUACAUUUCAUGGUCACCAAUCAACAUUUCCUCAAGGGCCAGAUGAGGCUCAAGUGCACGGCCAAUAUCUUUGACAUCUUCAAGGAGGAAAUGGAGAGUGUCAUCGAGGAGGACCGGCCCAGGAUAAUGGCCUCCGGCAGAUCGUAUGACAUCAACAAUUAUCCCCUCGAGGAGCACACGAAUGGCGAACGGGGCGGCUUUGAGGAUCACAACGAGUCCUAUUUGACGUACUACUCCGCGGAUAACACGGCAUCGGGCGCCUCGACAGCUGCACACGAAAUCUUCUGGCAGUUCUGGCCAUCGCAGCUAACAAAGCUCCCCAUCAACAGGCAGUUGGCGGGGGCGUGGCACUGGCUAUGUGGGGGCGGUGGAGCGGCUGCUCUUCUCCUCUUUUUCCUGCUGCAGCAAGGGCCGCUGGCCCAUCAAAUUAUCAACUGUCAAUACACAAAGCCGGCGACUGGCAAGGUGCAACAGCAACAACAGCAACACCAACAACGCAGCAGCGGCAGCAGCAGCAACAUCGAGGUGACAGCUCCAAAAGCGGCAACAUCCGCAUCUAGCGUCAAAUGCUUUUAUAAUUGUCAAAUGGCUAUGGCGAUGCCAACUCGAAGUCGUGAUGAUGAUGACCGUGGUGAUGCGUAUAUUGGCAGCACGAGUGCAAAUGCAGCAGCAACAGCGACAGCAACUGCCGAUGCUGAUGCUGCAGAUGUUGCUGCUGCAGGAGGAGUUGCGAGUUGCAGCAUUAAGCGGCUGUCAGCGACACUUGUGGGGGGCGUCAAUGCUGUAAGGGGCGUGGCCAGUGGGCCGGAUCAACGAUUAUUGAUGACUCGGCGGCGGGAAAGGCGGCAAAAGAAAUCGCAGGCGAUGGAUGCGAUGAUGCAGUCGCGUUGGAGCGCGUGCUGAUGCCGAAUUGAUGAUGAAAUCCAUUUUCGAAAGUAGCUUAAGGUGCUCGCCACCGUGCAAAAUAGCAGUAUAUGGCUCUUUUCCUUUCGCACCCGAAUUGUUGAAGGGCAUAAUUAAUAUACAUUCGUACUCAUACUGAUUGCAUCAGCCAGCUGCAUAAAUCGAUCUGCUCGUAGCUCUUAAGUGUUGAACGCAUAAGGUCAGGGAAAGUGCAGUAUACAUAUAUUUAAUGAUUCGAAGAGCAUAGUCAGCAAGUAGAUAUUAAACUGAUGAAUAACAACAGGAAAUGAAUUAAUGUUAGGUAACAUACAACAUACGGUGAAACCAUUAAAUAAAAAACACCCUGUACGACGCUAUCUAUCAAAUUUGUUUGUUUUCGGCCUACUUACAUUUUCGCAACAGAAUUACACUGAAAUAUAUUGUGCUGUAAAACAGAUCAGCAUUCACAUUAUUUUCAGUCACCUUGUGAAACUUUUUUUUUCAGUUCACUUAUAAAAUUAAAUAAUUAUUUGACAUAUUUAUUAUUUUGUAAAAAUAGUCACACUUUUAAUUUUCAGCUAGACAUCACUUUACAGACAAUAAUAUCUACUCAAUAAACAUACAUAUAUGAAUGCUACAGCAAGUUUUUUUCACUUUUUACUCCCGAUACUUUCGAGCAGACUUUAACUGUGAAAAAUAAAAGAACACAAUAAGCACCGAAUGGUUCUCAAUGAAGAGAACAUUAAGAAAUGCGGAAAGUAAAACCAGAAAUGCACAGUUGCCUGGGGACUUUCGUACAGGGUGAGAAAAUGCGUGUGCUUAGUCACUGAAAAUCAAAAGGUACUUAGAACAGAUACGAAGUACUUCAACCUCUUAUGUUAUAUAUCAAGCGUUAAAUAUAUCCAAAAAAAAAAUAAAAAAGUUAUAGGAAUUGUGCACAGUGUACAGCAAGCUGAACUUUAGACUGCACUUGAGCUUAGCUUUCGGGUACCGUAGUGCAUUUUAAAGUGGGGUUUUGGCAGCUUAAAAAUUGUAAACAACCGAAGGUAAUUUAAGUCAAUACUAAUACCCGUUACUAGUAGAGUAAAAGGGUGUUCUAGAUUAGUUGAAUCGUUUGUAAUAUUCAGAAGAAAGCGUGUCCCUUCGACCCAAUUUUAGAAAUUCAUCUGAGUAACGGGUAUCUUAUAGUCGAGACAAUCGACUAUAUCUUUAUUUUGUUUGUUUUCUCCUUUCAGAAUGAAGAUGACAUUAUGUCAAUGUGUAAAUAAAAGCUUAAAACCAAACAACAUAUUUAAUAUAUUGUAACAUCCACUGUACAGAAAGGAACUUUUUACGGUUGUGGAAAUGAAAAGCAAAAUUAAUUAUUAUAGCAAGCGUUUAUUUGUAGAAAACAACGAAUACAUAGAGCAAAUUGAAACGAAAAACCUUUAUUUUCAAGUCUUCGGCAAUAUUAAAACUCGAUGAAAGCAAAAGAAUUAUUUAAACAUUUUUGGCCAACAAAAAUCCAGCGGUAAAUAGUUCCUUUACCUUAAACACAAUUCAAUGUAUGCAAUGGGUAAUCGUAGCCCAAAAACAAAUGAAAAUGUAUAUUAAACAAAUAAAUAAUAAUCGCUAUAUCGUUUGGAUAUAAUAAAUAUAAUAAAUGUUGAAUAAUUUAUAAAUUCACUACAUAUAUUUAAAAUGUAAAUAACAUAAUGAAACAUAAUAAUAAAACUUAUGAAAUAUAAAUUAAUUGGUGUACAUGCUAAAACAAGUAAUACGAAUAGAUAAACAUAUAAUAAUAAACUGCAUGCCCCCAGAUUUUUGUAAUCAAAUCGUGUUGUGAAAGUUGUCUUCCCUAAUUUAUGCCCAUUACAUCUAAACAUUGACAGGGGAUUUUAAUUUUUAUUUCAGUAUGGUUUCAAUUAUAGCCAUAAAAUUAUAAACUAUAACCAUAUGUAUAAGAAUGUAAAAAGCUAGUGUUAUGUACAUAGAAAUGGGACAAACAUUUUGAUGUUACUGAAUAAAUAUUAAAAGUAUUAACCAAGAAAUAUGAAAGUAGGAUAAAAAACAGUGAAUGUUUCCAGCUGCUAGGAAAAACGAUAAGUCUUAGAUCUAUAAAGAGAAUCAAAAACGCGGGCAAAUGCAUAGCACAUAAUAUAUUCAUAUCCCCCAUAAAUAACCCGAAAUGUGUAAAGCCAGAAUAAAUGUAAUAAUAAGAUUGAAGAAACCAAAAUAGUGAUGUAAAAAAGCAGCAAGGAAAUAAAGUAACCCCUAUUCAAUAACUA